AUUUCCCAGUACAGAACCCACUUGUUUCAAGACAGCCUUACAUUUACUAAAGGGAACCACGGUGGCCAACUAUUAUAUCCAAGAGACAGCAGAAGCCCUAGAAGAAGCAGAGGCAGUGAGGGAGUCCACACAUCGCAUGAAAAGGUUUGAAUCCGUGCUUCGUCCUCUUCUUCCUCACCUUAACAAGUGGCAACGGAGAUGGUUUGUCAUUACCGAUAUGAGGGCUACGGUAUCAACAAGCGCUGGGACAUAUAAAUCGUCAAAUUCGACUUCGACAAUACUACGUCUGGCCUGCAGGAUCACGGUUGUGAACCAAGGUGACAAUAGCUAUGAAACUGCUGCUGAUGAUUGUGCUUUUCACAUUUAAGUCUACAAUUAUCAUGGCAUCGUGUCCAGAGGAUCAAGAGCCGAGUUUCUGUCAAAGUCAUGACACAAUUCCGCAACUCUACUGCGACGAUGUCGAUCUACAAGACGAGUGGGAUUGCAAAAAGAGAAGCUAUGCUAAGUGUGUAUGUAAAGCAGGCCUAUUUCGAAAAAAAGAUAGAAAGUGCGUACCCCGCGACCAGUGUGAAGACCGGGCGGAAAAAUCUGAAAACCAACCUGCAGAACUGCCUCCGCAGACGCCGCCCCCAUACCCUUAUAUAAUACCUGAACAACUAAAGGGAUCCGAAGGAUACGUCGAAAAGGUUCUAACGUUCGUUCGCAGCAACCAAACUAUGUUUCUCCUCAUGGCUAACAAAGAAGAAUGGCCCCAUAUCCUUAAGGUAUACUGGGUUUGUUUGACGUCGACAUUUAUUAAAUUUACUGCAUCCGGAGCUGUGCGUAUCAUGACCCGGUACAAGGAUGUGGAAUUUAUAGGCAGUCAUUUGUCGAUGGUGCUGAAACAGGGCGAAGCUGUUUUCGAGGUGAUAGUUCAGUAUGGACGCUUGGAACUUGCCAUCAACCUUGAUCAAAAUGGAACUGCUACAGGUUCUAAUAAGUAUGACUUUCAAGACGAAUUUAUUGUUUUAGAUAUAGGAGAGAACUGCUUACUUAUAUCAUACGGUUCUUGGAAAAGUAGAGGCCCAAAUUGCAUGUUGUGGGGUUUCGAUACCCAGAACGCCAAAACAACAACAUGUCAUGCCACAAUGCUGAAUAUAUGUUCAACUGAUAUGGUAGAAUUAUGGGCAGAAGGUGGAUCAUGCAGGGUUACUGACGCACAGACCAAUGAGGAAACGCCUACCGAUCCGAAUCAGGAUAUGGAAAGCAAACUACGCUUGAGGAGAAAUAAACCUGUGAAUACCGAUGAUGUCCUUAAGUUCCUCCACAACCGAGAAAAUAUUCACCUACAAAUGAUGAACGAGGGAGACUGGCUUACAAAUGACUGCGAGUGCAUAACGUCUGCAUUUGAUGCGGUAAAUAAUGAAGGAUCAAGGCGUUCGUUGGAGUGCUACAUAUACACCGAAAUCUUAAUCCUUUCCAAUAUAACCAAGAAAACAAUUGCACUGCCGAAAAUGACAAAAAUAAAUCAGAGUGUACAAUUUGAAGUGAAAGAUUUGGGAGGAGUUAAAAGUCUGGCGCUCAAGACCAUUAUAGACGGUGUACCAGCAAAGCACCCACCAAAAUUCAUUUCUGGCAAUUACGUCCUUGAAGAGGCCAAUACUGAUUGCUUACUUUUGUCAUACGGCCCGCCGAGCAAUGGAAGACAAAACUGCAUGCUGUGGGGAUUAUCAAGACAAAGUGUAGACGAAAAAACCAGAUGCUAUAAGGAAGUGAAAUCACUCUGCAGUGAAGACAUAUACGACCUCACGGAAACUAAGAACAUCUGUGAUCAGUUUGACCUUGAAGAAAGAAUAGUUGACAAAUCGGAUUGAGUAUUGAAGCUAAUGAUCAGUCUGGUCAGUAAAUUUCUUCAAUAAAGUUGCCCGUGAGUGCACUUGCCAGAUUUAUAGCAGAAGAAAACGCGAGUCGUCGAACCUAGUCCACCAACUCGUAGUGACAUACUUUUUGAUCCAGCUUCCAGGAGUACAAUUGC